UCAUGGAUCCGCUUAUUAGCAGUUUGCCGCAGGACGCAUUGCCAGUUUUGUCCAAGUCCUCCCCACCCUCCUCUCUCUUUCUCUCCACAAGGAAGGAGAGAGAAGCCAUUAGCAGAGAUUUCCGGAUCGGCCAGAUCGGAGGAAUCAGCUGCCUGAGGUUUGCAGGUUUGGAGACGCAUAGCACCGCACACUUCACAUACACUGCAGUUUGCGCGACGAGGGGGGAGAGCUGGAGCCGAUUCAGGAAGUGCAGUCCUUGAAGGCUCCCGCCACCGCCGCCGGGAACGGCCAGAUCCGGUACAGAUCGCCGUCCUCCACCGAGCUCCUGGAGAGCGCCACCUCCUCUGGUAACCCCAACUCCCCGCCCCGCCUCGGCUCCUCGGAUCUCCUCCACCAGCAGCACGAGCUCGACAAGAUGCUGAAACGACCCGGCAGGAUGCACGAGGACAAGAUCCAGAAGUACCGCGGCGUCAUACUCGUGAUCUCCGUACCGCUCCUGCUCAUUGGUUUUGUUCUCCUCCUGUUGCCGUCCCGCUCCCCCUCCGAGUCCAUUCAGGAGUACGCCAUCUCCAGCAGGAAAGCUUCUCCUAAUGGGGGAGGGAAGACUUUUGCGGUGGUCUUCGAUGCCGGUAGCUCUGGGAGCCGAGUCCAUGUGUACUGCUUCGAUCAAUACAUGGAUCUUAUACCAAUUGGCAAGGAGCUCGAGCUCUUUGUUCAGCUCAAGCCGGGAUUGAGUGCGUAUGCCAAUAACCCCCAGGAGGCAGCGAAUUCUUUGCAGUCUCUGCUGGACAAAGCAGAAAGUGUUGUUCCUCGAGAUUUGCGGAGCAGGACGCCCGUUAGAGUUGGGGCCACUGCUGGCUUGAGAGCGUUGGGGGUUGAAGCAUCCGAUAGAAUUCUAGAAGCGGUCAGGGAGCUGCUGAAAGGUAGAAGCAGACUUAAAUCUGAGCCUGAAGGGGUUACUGUCCUGGAUGGCACUCAAGAAGGCGCUUAUCAGUGGGUCACGAUAAAUUUUCUAUUGGGAAACCUUGGAAAGAAAUACUCAAAUACAGUUGGAGUAGUUGAUCUUGGAGGUGGUUCUGUUCAAAUGGCAUAUGCUAUCUCAGAAGAGGAUGCUGCAAAAGCUCCAAGGCUCUCUGAUGGAGAGGAUACUUAUGUCAAGGACAUGUAUCUGAAAGGAAGAAAUUAUCACCUUUAUGUUCACAGUUAUUUGCGUUAUGGGUUGCUAGCAGCUCGAGCAGAGAUUUUGAAGGCUUCUGGCUCUGUUAAUCCUUGCAUCCUUGUUGGUUACGAGGGGUCUUACAAAUAUGGAGGUGUUAAUUAUCCAGUAUCAGCUUCUCCAUCAGGCUCAAGCAUGAAUGGGUGCAGGAGAGUAGCUUUGAAGGCUCUCAAAGUCAAUGAGACAACAUGCACUCACAUGAAAUGUACAUUCGGUGGGAUUUGGAAUGGUGGAGGGGGAGAUGGACAAAAGAAUCUGUUUGUUGCAUCAUUUUUCUUUGAUAGGGCCGCGGAGGCUGGUUUUGUUAAUCCCAACCAACCAGUCGCCACAGUUCGUCCAGCGGAGUUUGAGGAGGCAGCUAAACGUGCUUGUCAAACUAAACUUGAGGAUGCUAAGUCCGUUUAUCCACAUGUGGAGGAGGACAACCGCCCAUAUUUGUGUAUGGAUCUUGUGUACCAAUACACAUUGCUGGUCGAUGGAUUUGGCAUCGAUCCUUGGCAAAAGAUUACACUAGUGAAGAAGGUUAAGUACCGGAACGCUUUUGUGGAAGCAGCGUGGCCACUGGGCAGCGCCAUCGAGGCCAUCUCUGCGCUAUGAAUACUGCAGAUUGUUUGAGUAGCUUCAUUUAACCAAUCAUUGGACAAUGCAGGAGUCCUGUGGCUAGUUUUCAGUCCUUCGAGUGAAGGUUCUGAUUGGCUCAUGAUGAUUGCCAACUGAGAAGCCGAGAACAGGUUAUAUCGAGAUUUAUAUUUUUGACAUAUAAUCAGGAAUAAUGAGGGAUACCGAUUAGUUUCAUUUGUUUGCUAUACUGUAAUUAUAUUGCGGUUUACACUACGCUCGUGGAUUUGAUCUCUUUUUUUUUUUUUUCCCCCCUUCCUUUCGGCUUCAUUGUAGUUUGAUUCUUUCAGUUUUUGCCGCGAUAA